GCAACUUUUAUUCAGAAUCGGGUUCCAGCUUCCACUUUUCCUCUCAAAGCCCGCUAUCGGGCCCGAUAUUCAUGCGGGCUGAGCUAACUUUUCUGCAUAAUUCAUUUACUAGCGCACUCAAACAAAAAACUCAGUUUACUUCUUUUCCUGGCUGGCGGGCUGAAAUUGAAACGACACACUCUGCUGCAAAAUCCGGCCCGCAGCUUAGGAGAAGAAUGGAGAAAGCAAUGGUGAAAAUGGGGAGCAUAAAAUCUGGAAGCUUUUGGCUGUCCAAGAAAGCUAAGGAAGAGUUCAAUAACAUCACUCAAGAUCUCACUACUGUCUCAAAUGUUGUUGAGGAGAAGGCAAAAUGGAUCUUCGAUAAGCUAAAAGGAAAACCACUAAGAAGCUUGCCUGAUCUUCUACGGGAGUACAAUCUCCCACCGGGCCUUUUCCCGACCAACAUUACAGCAUACGAGUAUGAUGAGAUCAAGUCGAGGCUGACUGUUCACUUGCCCUUCGCUUGUGAGGUGAGCUUCAAGGACUCAUCUGUGCUAAGGUAUGCCCCUCGGGUCAAAUGCAUUCUCCUCAAGGGUAAGCUCAUCGGCAUAGAAGGAAUGAAGACCAAGGUCCUCGUGUGGGUCAAGGUCACGAGCGCGGCUGUUGAGGGUAGCAAGUCAGAGAAGCUCUCUUUCACUGCGGGCGUUAAGAAGUCGAGGCCUAAGGAUGCAUACGUCGUGCCACGUGAAGCUGUUAGAAUCGAAGAAUUUUGAGAGGAUGAUACAUUCUACUAUAUCUCUGUUUUGUCAGCCCCAUAUUUUGAAGUUGGUUCACGUGUGAAAACAUCUUAUUUUCAAUCUGUUUUGAUGAGUUUGUUACUUAACAA